GCGAAGCGCUCUGUUGGUCCAGCACGCUUCUGGUUCUGACACGGACUCAGAAAGAAAUCACCAUGGUGCUGUCUCCCGCUGACAAGACCAACGUCAAGGCUGCCUGGGAGAAGAUUGGCGGCCACGGUGCUGCAUAUGGUGCGGAGGCCCUGGAGAGGAUGUUCCUGUCCUUCCCCACCACCAAGACCUACUUCCCCCACUUUGACCUGAGCCACGGCUCCGCCCAGAUCCAGGGCCAUGGCAAGAAGGUAGCCGAUGCCCUGGCCAACGCAGCGGCCCACGUUGACGACUUGCCUGGCGCCCUGUCCGCUCUGAGCGAUCUGCACGCGCACAAGCUGCGUGUGGACCCGGUCAACUUCAAGCUCCUGAGCCACUGCCUGCUGGUGACCCUGGCUGCUCACCACCCGGCCGAAUUCACCCCUGCUGUGCAUGCCUCCCUGGACAAGUUUUUGGCCUCUGUGAGCACCGUGCUGACCUCCAAAUACCGUUAAAUUGGAGCCCCCGCGGGCCUUGCCCAUCCAUGCCCGUCAGGCCUCCUAGCCAGUUCCUCCUCCCCUCCUUGCACCUGCACCUCUUGGUCUUUGAAUAAAGUCUGAGUGUGCGGCA